CGACGAUGCCACUUGCUCCAAGCCGCGGGAAAAGACAAGAUAGCGAAUAGAUGCUUUGAACUGUUGAGGAGUGAUAAAUGUGUUCUCUGGCGCCAUAUUGUAUUUGAUACCCCUUUGCUGAUUUUCGUACCGCUGCGAUGGCUAAAUAAGCCCAUCCACAGGAAUCACCCGUUCCCUUCAACAUUGAACCCCGUGCUGUUUGAUGCCCAACAGCGCAUCAUGGCGUCCGCAGUAUUCUUUCUGGACCUGAAGGGCAAGACCCUUCUGGCUCGCAACUAUAGAGGGGAUAUUCCCAUGUCCGCAGUCGAGAAAUUCCCUAUCCUCCUCAGUGAAGCAGAAGAAGAGAGCUCUGCUGUCCCUCCGUGCUUUUCUGAUGAAGGCAUAAAUUACCUUUAUAUCCGCCAUAGCAACCUUUAUCUCCUAGCUUUAACGAAACGAAACACAAAUGCUGCGGAAAUCUUGUUAUUCCUUCACAAGAUCGUCGAGGUUUUCACUGAAUACUUCAAGGAGUUGGAGGAAGAGAGCAUCAGAGAUAACUUCGUUAUCAUUUAUGAAUUGCUUGACGAGAUGAUGGAUUUCGGAUACCCACAGACAACAGAGUCUAAGAUAUUGCAGGAGUAUAUUACCCAAGAAUCACACAAACUAGAGAUACAGGCUCGACCUCCGAUCGCCGUUACAAAUGCCGUGUCUUGGAGAAGCGAAGGAAUUAGAUAUCGCAAGAAUGAGGUGUUCCUCGAUGUGGUCGAGUCGUUGAAUCUCCUGGUAUCCGCCAAUGGCAAUGUCCUUCGAUCCGAAAUCCUAGGGGCAAUCAAAAUGAAAUGUUAUCUAAGUGGUAUGCCCGAACUAAGGCUGGGUUUGAAUGACAAAGCAAUGUUCGAAACAACAGGAAGAGCAACAAGAGGAAAGGCCGUCGAAAUGGAGGAUGUAAAAUUCCACCAGUGCGUUCGAUUAUCACGUUUUGAGAACGACAGAACAAUCAGCUUCAUUCCUCCCGAUGGGGAAUUCGAACUUAUGAGUUAUCGGUUAAAUACUCAAGUGAAGCCCCUGAUAUGGGUCGAAUGUCUGGUGGAGUCACAUUCAGGUUCACGUAUUGAAUAUAUGCUGAAGGCGAAAGCUCAAUUCAAACGCCGGAGCACUGCAAAUAAUGUUGAGAUUUUGGUUCCCGUCCCGGAAGACGCAGAUUCUCCAAGAUUCCGCACUAACAUAGGGUCUGUCCAUUAUGCACCAGAAAAAUCCGCAAUAAUAUGGAAAAUAAAACAAUUCGGUGGCGGGAAAGAAUUUCUCAUGCGCGCUGAACUGGGAUUACCGUCAGUGAAAGGAGACGAUGAACAUGGAGGCGGUAUGACUGGUGGUUUUGGCGGUAGUAUGGGGGGUGCUGGACAAACUGGAAAAGGCAAACGUCCAAUCAACGUCAAAUUUGAGAUCCCCUAUUUCACUACUAGCGGAAUCCAAGUACGAUAUCUAAAGAUUAUUGAACCGAAGCUACAAUACCCAUCGCUUCCGUGGGUCCGAUAUAUUACUCAGUCAGGCGAUAUUGCAGUUCGUCUACCUGACGUGCAAUGAUACAGCCCAUCCAAUGAAACGAGAGACACGCAGCGUGAACGAAACACGGACCCUAGGCCGGGAUAAUAAAAUGUGUGGAAACAAACCGUUCCGUUCAACUAUAGUCACGAAUGUAAUUUUGUUUUCUUAGCACCGCAUCAGCGGGAGAGGCUAGCUGAUGGGCUUCCAUAUCAUACCUUAUAAUCUCUACAUGAACCGCUUUUACCUUACCCGAACGCGAGGAGGCCGUGGCUUUUUUCACUUCGUGUCGUCUCUGUAGUUGCUUUAUGGACGGCCCUUAGGUUGGGCUAGUUCCUUGCGCGUAUGGCUGUGCACAUUUAAUAAAUGAUAAGACGAUAGAACCAUUUGGCUUUAGCUCCUAGUAUCUGAUUUUCUUUUCUCAAACUACAGCGUUGCUAACCCCCUUAAAAAUGGGAAGUAAGUUUCGCAUAAUAAGGUCGGGUAUCGAGAAUUCAAGCAAUAUGGAUGGUGUGGGGAAUUCCUUUAGUUUUAUUUUGUUAGGGGAAAAACUCGCAUAAUCUAUGCGGUCUCCGAGGGAAGAUGGAAAACGAGGAAUGAAAUAAUAAACCAGUGAAACAGAUGCCAGUAGGGUAAAUCUAAAUUUAACUAUUAUCUUAUUUGAUAAUAUUGUGCGGGAUUUGUCUUUAGGAGGGGAGAGUUGGAAGGAAGUAAGUGGUGGGUUAACUAGGCACAUGAAUACUGCUCGAGGAGGGAUUGCAAAUGAGGUUUCGGAAUAUGCUGAGAAACUAGAAUGCAUGUUUUCAAGGUUUAUCGCUAUAUGUGGUGUGUAGUCCAUACGAGGUGAUGCAUAGAAGAGUAUCUUGUGAAGACAUUUUCAUUUACUGA